AUGUGGGCGAUCCAGAGGACACGUUAUGCAGACUGCAACGGCUCUGAAGCCAGCGAGGAGACGGAGAUUGUGGUGAACAUCGGCGGAGUGAAACAGGUGUUGUAUGGGGACGUGUUGAAUCGCUUCCCGGACACCAGACUGGCAGAACUGGUGGACUGCUCGCUUAAGUCUUCGGAAGAAAUAUCUUUAUUGUGUGACGAUUAUGACCCAGACGCGGGGGAGUUUUAUUUUGACAGAGACCCCGAGGCAUUUAAGUGCAUCAUUGAGUUGUAUUAUUAUGGUGAGAUACACAUGAAGAGAGGCAUCUGCCCUAUGUGUUUCAUGAAGGAGAUGGACUUCUGGAAGAUCGGCUCAGAUUAUCUAGAUGAAUGCUGUCAAAGCCACCUAAAAGAGGUCGAGGAUGAACUUGCAGAGAUUGCCGAGAAAGUAAGAACUAUCCUGUUUGACAGAGAGGGAGAUCCAUCCGCAGGAGGUUGUCAGCGCUUCCAGAUGUCCCUCUGGAGACUGAUGGAAAAGCCGGAUUCUUCUCUGCCUGCGCACAUCAUCGCUAUUGUUUCGUUCAUCUUCAUCCUCAUCUCUUCGGUGGUGAUGUGUGUUGGGACUAUUCCUGAUCUGCAGGUGGAAGACGCGGAAGGAAACCUAACUGAGAAUCCAACUCUGGAGGUCAUCGAGACGGUGUGCAUCGGCUGGUUCACUGUUGAAUACAUCCUUCGUCUGAUCUCCUCCCCAAAUAAAAUCAAAUUCGUUCUGUCUUUCAUGAACAUAAUCGACUUCAUGGCCAUCAUGCCCUUCUUCGUGGUUCUAAUUCUGACCUCCUUCGGUGCGGGUGUGAUGGAGCUGGCGAAUGUGCAGCAGGCGGUGCAGGCUUUACGCAUAAUGCGCAUUGCGCGCAUUUUCAAGCUGGCUCGCCAUUCCUCCGGACUCCAGACCCUCACAUCUGCCCUAAAAAGCAGUUUCAAAGAGCUCGGACUACUCCUCAUGUAUAUGGGUGUGGGGGUCUUUCUUUUCUCAGCACUGGGCUACACCAUGGAGCAGAAUCACCCAGAAACUCUGUUUACGAGCAUCCCACAGUCGUUCUGGUGGGCUGUGAUCACCAUGACCACCGUGGGAUACGGGGACGUGUAUCCAAAGACCACUUUAGGUCGGUGUAACGCGGCCAUCAGCUUUCUGUGUGGGGUUAUCGCCAUAGCCCUACCCAUACACCCGAUCAUCAACAAUUUCGUUUUGUUCUACAACAAGCAACAGGUGCUGGAGACUGCAGCCAAACACGAAAUUGAACUGAUGGCGCUGCGCACCAGCGAGGGCGAGCUGAGGGCAUCACCCGGGGCCCACAAACACGUUUGCGGAGCUGGGAUCUGGGACAACUCCAUGAGCUCUGGUCACAGCGAGACAUACACACCUUUACUGAAAGAUCGCAGGAGAGGAUCGAAAAUCCAGACUCCGAGUAUGGAGACAAGCUUUGAGAGCACGACCGAUGCAGCAGAGUAUUUUAUCUCAUGA